AUGAACUGCUAUGACGACGGAGAAAAGUUGAGGUGGCCAGAGAUGAAGGCUGGCAGAUGUCGGCCUGAGAAGAAGGCUUUCAGAAAUGACCAGAGAAUAAGAACCGAUGGAAAUCUCCUUUCGAAGGCGGCCAGAGAUGAAAUGCUCUUGAGACAAAGAAAAGCGGAGUCGGCCGAAGAGGAAGACAGACAACGACGGACGGUCAGAGAAGAGGAAUGGAGGGUCGGAGGAAGGAAAAUCGACGGUCGGAGGAAGAAAAGAAAAACGAGGAACGGAUUCAUGCCGUUCGGGGGAGGAAGAAGAAUUUGCCCUGGGAUUGGGGUGUCGAUGCUUCAUCUGCAGUAUUUUGUGGCGAAUUUGGUGAGGAUGUUCAAAUGGGAUGCGGUGGGUGAAGUUGAUCUUGAGGAGAAGCUUGAGGUUUCGAUCAUCAUGAAGACGCCAUUGGAGGCUCGCAUAUCAGCUCGCUAA